GCAGCAAUUCCCGGUGACCUUCCACCAGUGGCAACAUGAAAUGGAAAAAUAAGGAGCCAAAACAGUCGAUAUCCAGCGUUACGUCCAUGUCAUUUUUGUCCGACGAAAAUCUCACCUUUCACCGCUUCUCCGAUGGGACCAUCUCGUUCACCUCGGAGCGUAAAAAAUCGAUGCAAAACGUGCUAGACGGUGGAGGUGGCGGUGGUGGUGCACCCACGAUGGCCAUGAUGGCCACUGGACCCAGCGCAAAACAGACUGGACCGUCGUCGGUGGCGGCCAUCGGAGCCGGCGAUAACCGCACCAUGAACGGUGGAGGUCACAACCACACCAUCGAACGCACGCGUAAACACUCCUACACGCAGGCAACGACGGGUUCGUCCCCGAUCUGGACGACAAAUGCAUCGUUCAACAACUACACCACCAACACCAUCACCAACAGCAACCGACGACACGCGGGAGGAGGCCGGCCGCGUAGCAUUGUGCCCGGCGGUGGCGAUGGGACCGAUGGCGAAGCUGGUACCGGUCCCACAACGACGGCCGGCAUACCGACGUUAAGCGAUCUGCGCUAUCUGUCCUCGCCCUCGACCAAUCCGAACAACUCGAGCGUGAUCCAGAACGGGUCUACCGUGAAGCUCAUCUCUACCAAAGUCAGCGCCAACACCGUUGCACCGAGCGAUGAUCAGUCAAACAAGCAGUCAAGAUCAUCCAUAUUUCGCGGUGUGAUACUAUGUCUCUGCCUGAACCUUACCUUCGCCAACGUGGUCCGGUUCCCGCGGGAACUGCAGCUGCAUGGGUCCGCCUUCCUAGUACCUUACGUUAUACUGCUCCUUCUAGUCGGGCUCCCGGUGGUACUGCUCGAAAUAUCGCUCGGCCAGUUUCUCGGCCAGGGUUCGGCCCACAUGUGGCGUGCGGCUCCCUUCCUCAAGGGUGCCAGCUUGGUGGGCCGCAUUGCUUCGUGGCUGGCGGCGAUAUGGACAUCGAUGCAAUCCGUGAUUGCACUGCUCUACAUCGGUAUGCUAGCAUUCAAAUCUGUGCCAUUGCGGGAGUGCUCCAAAUCGGUUACGAUCAACCCGCAAGCCAUUUAUAAUGGCUACGACGUACAGCAAAGCAGUGGACAGGAAUGUUUGAAAUUAACAUUUCUCCGUCCAGUGUGGAGAAGCUCGCUGUACUUUGGCUUGCUGGCGCUGAGUCUCAUACUGCUGUGGGUCAUUUCGAUGGUGUGUACGCACAGCGGGAAAAUCAAUCGCCGAUCGGUCUAUCUGUUCGGGUUUGCGGCGCUAAUACUGCUGAUCUUCGAAACCGGCUGGGAGGUGACGAAGGCGAUCAACGAGCAAUACUUCCCGGAUCUGUGGCCGUUCCAUCCGGAAUCGUUCGCGGACAGUACGGUGUGGUUCAAUGCGCUCGUCCAGGUGAUCUACUCGCUGAACAUUGGUUUCGGUGCGGUACCGGUACUGACGGGGAAAUUCCUUUACAAAGGGGACGCGAUCAAGACCUCAUUCGUGUACAUGUUCUUCAACAUACUCGUAACGGCGAUCGCGGUGUUAUUCUACGUGUUCCAGUUCAACAACAGCUUCACCGAGUCACAUCCCUUCUAUCCGGAGCUGAGCACCCUUACCGUCAUCUACGAUCGGGCCAUCACCGUGCAGGAGUCGGAUCCGACGCUUCAACGGCUCAUACCCGCGCUGUCGUACACGAUGAUCUUCAUCUCGUCGCUCGUGUCGAUCGUCAUCUACAUCUACACCUCGACCCGCAUCAUCCGGAAGCAUCCGAACUAUACCGUGUGUCUCGCGGGGCUAGUAGUCGCCAUCGCCGGGUUGCUCUGUCCCAACUACAUCUUUCCGCGCAUCCUGGACACGCGGAUCGUCGGCUCGCUGGCCGUGUGUGCAAUGAUCUUCGAGAUCAUCCUCAUCAUCUGGGUGUAUGGGUCGAAGAAUCUCUACACCGAUCUAGAGUUCUCGCUCGGCCGCCCAGUGCUGAAGGCGUGGCUAUUCAUCUGGGGGUUCAUCCCGGUGCUGCUGAUGGCGCUGCUAUGCUGGUGGUCGAUAACCUACUACGACAAUGACCUGCUGAUCGAUUACUUCCCCAAGUGGUUGCCGGUCGUGUUCAGCUUGUCGGUGAUCGUGCUGCUUGCCUGUGUGGAAAUCAGCAAGCAGGUAGACUACAACGUUUUCAGCAUGAUCCACGGAGCAACAAAGCCCUCGAAGGACUGGGGACCGGCAGAUCCGCUAGUGCGGCACGCCUGGAAGCAGUGGAAAUCGGUGUGCGAGGAUACGGGCGAGCGAGACUUUACGUUGCGCCGGCGCGGUACGAAAGACUACACCAACUCCAUCAAGAAGGGCCAGUAUACGCACUCGCACAAGUACGGCGCAUCGUCUAACCGGAACCUCUCGACGGCGGGCAGCAAUUCCCCGAACUACAGCGGUUCCGUCUUUGGCGAUUCGGCCAUCGAGGAGGACAUGAGUGUGGAAAAGUAUCCGCACUACAGCAAGCACUCCUCGCAGCAGCAACAGCACACGACGGGCGUCGCAAACCAUGGAGGUUACGGUAUGGACACGCCACCCCCAUUACCACCGCUUCCGCUCACCGAAACUACGGACGACAGUUCCCCGCGCAUAUCGGCCAGCUCGCGAAAGUCUUCCCGUGCGACGGACCACACCAAACGUACGCCAAGCGAACGGAGCCAGGCGGAUCUGUUGCCGAACGCCCGCAAAACGUCCGACAAUAGCUUCGGGUCGCGUAUCGACAUCCUGCCCACGGACGAUGAAGCGCACGCCGGGUUCGGUCGCAGUACCGCAAUCGUGCGUAAUCCGCUUGCCAAGGGUCAUCACCAGCACCAUGCGAAUGUUGCACGGCACUACCAUCACCAUCAUCCCAGCACCGGCAACGGAAUGGUGCCAGUGCACGGUGCGAAACAGAGCGCCGUGUCCUACCAUCAGGACGGUGGCCCACGGAACGGUGGCGGACCGACCGCAGACGACCGGCAGCACGGUUACAAUCGGGACAUUUUCAUCAGCAACGGACACGCACCGACCGGUGGCGAUCAUAUCUGCUGGCGGAAGUUUUCCAUCAACUCGGAAGAAUACUCGACGGAGCUGUAG